UUUUACAGGAGAUUGGACCAGGAGUCCACGUGUCUUGCGACCUGCGAGCACUCACCCGCAGCAGUACCAAAUAAUUACCCAGUUCAUGGUGGAAGAAGGCUCAGGCCGAGGACGAGGAGUUGGUUCAAUCCCUUUCCUUGCGUUCCUGCACCAACCUAAUCAGCAAUCGACAAAGAAUCUUGCAAAAAAUCCAAGCUAAAGCAAUGGACACUUCAUCUCUUCCAGAAUCUGAGCAGCAACGCAUCAACCCACAUUUCCAAGAACAAGCACAAGCCCCGCAAUACCCACAAUACCAAAUUCAAGAUUAUUACUAUCAAACGCAGGUCCAAUCCUAUGAUCACUCUUAUUACUCGUAUUACCAGCAAUACCCACCUCAAAAUCAAUGGCAAUAUGACCAGCAACCACAAAGCUACGCUUAUUACCAAGCCGAUUACUCCGUUGCCUAUCAGCAACCGCCAUAUUAUCAGCAUGAGCCCGCGCCCGGGGUUUCAGCGCAGCAAGAAGCAACGCAAAUUGUGGAUUCUGGUGGGACUGGGGUGUCGUUGCAAGCGGCGCAGCAGCUGAGCGUUUAUCCUCCGCCGCAGAGUUCGGUUAAUGUGGUUGUGCAGCCGGGGAUGAAUCCAGCGGCUGUUGCGGCGAUCGCGGCGCUGGAGCAGCUGACGCAGUUUGCGGGGUCGAUGGACGCGGUGGAGAGGGCAAUGGCUGGGUUGCCGGUGAAGAGUCCGGGCUUUGAACUGGUUCCAAUGCGUAAUCGGGAUGGUCGACAUCAACACAGGGGUGGUGGUAGAAGGGGUGGUGGACCAUUCCAAGGGUGUGGCAGGGGAAAUGAUGGCCACCACCAAGGUUCUGCCCCUCCUUUCCGUGGAAAGGGACAUGGUAGGGGUAAGGCUCGUGUUAGGCAUUUCCAACCACAUGGUGUGAUUUCAACAUCUUCUAAUUUUGAACCUUCUGCUGCGAAGGAACACUCAGCCCAUGCAGCCAAAAAGGUAGUUGAAUCUGCUUCUGCACCAGAAAAGGUAGCUCCUAACCGUCGACCUGUACAGAUUGCUUGGUGUGAACUUUGUAGGGUAGAUUGCACUAGUUUGGAAAUCCUAGAGCAGCACAAGAAUGGAAAGAGGCAUAAAAAGAAUAUGCUCAGGAUUGAAGAGUUAAAAAAUGGUACCAAACCAGCUGACUGCAUACAAAAUCAUCAGGAACCUAUAAAUGAUUUGAAACCGGAAGAGCCUCAGCAGCCUCCAAUCGUAGAGGAUGGUGAAGAGCAGAAGUCAGCAGAAAACCUGCCCUCUGAAGCUCGCAGUGAUGAAUAUGGAAUGGAGAACAAUCUGCAUAGUAAUACCGGGGAAAAACCUAAAGUUCCAGUUGUGGAAUUGUCUGGUAAGCAAGGAAGGAAGCCAAGAAAAAUUUUGUUUGAUAAUAGGAGACGAGGAAUAAAACGCAAAAUGAAGGGUGGUCAUGGAGGGAAGCGUAUAAAGACUCAUGAAACUCAGAGAACAGCUGCGGAACCUCCAAAACCUAAAGUCGUAACACCCUUAUUAUGUGAUUUGUGCAAUGUCAAGUGUGAUACCCGUGAAGUUCUGGACCGCCAUCUUUCUGGUAAAAAGCACAUUGCUAAGCUUAAACGAUUUCAAGGUCAUCAGGCAAUAUAUGGGCCAACAGGGCUCCAGGCACUUUACCCUCCCAAUCCAAUUGCACAAACUCAUUCUCACCCGCAAGGCCAUCAGCCUUUCUAUAAUCCACAGGGCUCAUUUCUCCCACAAGGGGGUUAUUUUCCUUCCCAAGAACACCAAUCUGCAUCAGCAGCUGCAGGUUUGAAUCUGCAAUUCUCACAAAAUUGCAUGACUCAACAGUCAGAAUCCACUUCAACUCUUGAGGCAAAUCCUGCAACUGCUGUCUGAGAAUCUGGAGGCAAGGGAUUUGAUUCUCCUCUCAUUAGCACCAUAUCUCUAACUGAGCAGGUUGCUGCGACCUAUGGAUAUGCUGCAAUUCACUGUGAAUAUGGAGCUGUGAACUUAACAUGGUUCACUAAGCAAUGAAUUUCACUUUCUGCUGGUUUUUCUCCGACUCUAAAGAUGACGAUGCUUCUUGUUUUUAACUUUUGGUAAAAUCAGGACGGAGACUAUAUUGAUAUUAUUAUAUAAAUACUAAGUUGCAGUCU